AUGAGGAGAGCAGGACGGAAUCACAUCUUGUUGAGUUUGCCUCCGGUGCUGACCAAGCAUUCCGGUUGCUUUUGUGCCAUGGGGUGCUCGGGCUCCAAAGUGACGGUUGCCACCUACAAUCUUUACUGGUGGUGCGUGUCCAACGAGUACCACAAUUGCCACCAGUUUGGUGGUGGUCAAGGCUUCCAGGAGCUGUAUAAAACCAUCGCCGACAAUGCUCCUUUCGACCUUGCAGGCUUCCAAGAGUGUGAUGAUGUGGAGCAGGUUCUGCGGGGAGCAGACCUCCAGGCCUUCGACUACUUCGCGCCGAAAGGGAGCGAUGCCCCGAUGGUUUGGAGCACCGAGCGCUUUCAGAAGAUUGGAGGCCCCGGGAGCGAAUGGAUCGCCAAGGACAAGUGGGGUGACCGGCUGAUGAAUUGGGUGCGGCUGAGGGAGAAGGCUACGAACACGUCCAUCUUCUUUGCGAACACACAUGGCCCCUUGGACCAGUGCGGGGGCGAUGCAGGUUCCAAGGCUGCUUCCAACUACCAGGGGGCCAUCGACAAGCACAAGCAGCCUGAGGAUAAAGUGGUUUUCACCGGCGACUUUAACUGUGGCAGCAUGGACGAGACGAUGAUGACGCUUGGGCAAGGCCUCUUCAAUGCCGCUACGGACCAGUCUUUCAACGGGGCCGACCACGUACUAGUGAGCCCGGGGGUCAAUCUGUGCGGAUACUCGAGCACAGGGGGAUUUCCGUCUGACCACCAGUUCCUGAAGAUGCACUUGUCCCUGGACAAUGGCACCUCCAACUCUGUCCCAGAGCCAGCACUGCCAGUAGCUGCACCGGUCCCUCUUCUGACUUCUGCAUCAGAAACACAUUUGGCAGACGACAGCGUUCGUGGUGCAUCUGGUUGCCCACCGCCGGGAGCAAAUCCAUGUUGCACGAGUUGCCCUUCCAGCCACUUCUGCCCAAUGGACCAGGGCUGCUACGCACUUGGGCAGAGCGGCUGUGACGGCGGCCUUUGCGCCCCUGCGCUGUCGGCAGAGACCCGCACGGAGCCGCCUCGCUGUGAUGAGGAGUCCGAGGUUUGCGAGGAGAUCGAGGAGCAGCGCACCGAACGCCUUGCUGACGAGUCCGAGUUGCAUGCCGCGGUGGUGUUGGUGAUGGUGGUGGUGGUGGUGCUGGUGGUGGUGGCGGCGGUCGUGGUAGUGGUGGCGGUGCCUGUGGUGGUGCCGGUGCUGCUGGUGCUGGUUCUGCCGGAGCCGGUGCAAGUGGUAAUGGUGGUGGUGGUACUGCUGCUGCUGGUGCUAGUGGCGCUGGUGGUACUGGUGGGUGGCGGAGGUUGCUGGAGGUAUCGCGUGUGUGGUCCGAAGGAGCGCUCCGGGGGUAUGGACGAAUGGAUGAAGAACUAUUCUGUUAGCAAGAUGGACAAUCUUGAGCAGACUGUUGCAUCCCUCUCCACUUUGCGUUUAUGUUGCUGUUUUUUCGGCCUCACUGGGAUGCAAGGGUGCUUGACCAUCGAGAGGCUAUAG